AUGGACGUAACAUUAUUUGUUACGAGACGUGGAGUGGAAGAAGCAAAAAAUUUAAUUAAUGAUUAUAAUUCGGGGAAAUUAAAAGUGGAACCAGAAAAAUUAUGGCAUGCAAAGAAAAUAAUCGAUUCAACAAUUCAUCCAGAUACUGGUGAACCAGUGUUUCUUCCUUUUCGUAUGUCAUGUUUUGUACCAACAAAUCUUAUCAUAGUUGCUGGUAUGCUAAUGCCAAAUCCAAGUAUAAAAAGUAUUAUAUUUUGGCAAUGGGCAAAUCAAAGCAUAAACGUAGCCAUAAACUAUUCAAAUGCUAAUAAAACGACUGAGAUGAGUUUAAAAGAAACUGCUAUCGCGUAUGUUGCAGCAGUGACAACGUCAUGUGGUUUGGCUGUUGGUUUAACGCAAUCAGUUCCGCGAUUAAAAUUUUUGAAUCCAGCUGUCCGUCAAAUAUUAGUAAGAUUAGUUCCUUUUGUGGCUGUGGCAAGUGCAGGAACUGUGAAUGUAUAUUUAAUGAGGUGGAAAGAAAUCAGAGAUGGUAUUGAUGUGUAUGAUGAGAAUGGAAACACACUUGGAAAAUCACAAAUAGCUGGACUGAUAGCUUUAUCAUUGACAACAGCUUUACCAUUAGCGAUCGCUGCAUUUCCGCAAUCUGCUGUUAUUGACCCUUUAAAAUUAGAAUCUAGAUUUUGGGAUUUAAAAAAUGAAAAAGGUCUAAGAGUGUCUGAUGGAAUAGCUCGUGAAGCUAUUUUGAGUUUAAUAAUUCGAAGAAAAAGUGAUUUUCCAUUAAGAGGCGCAAAUAGUUAUGUUGGUGGUUGGGUAAAAGUAUAUCAUAUUCAGAAUUCGGUAAUAACUAGUGCAGGUCCAGCUCGAAUACAUUAA